UUGACUUCUAUAACAAGUGCUACUGAACCAAAACAAACGAUUUCAAGGUCGCGCAGCAGCCAGCUGAUUCAGUGCUGGCCAUUGUGCAUCGCCAGCUGCGAGAAGACAACGUCUGCUCCAGAAAAAUGACAUCUCCGAAACAAGUGCUGAAGAGCGUGGGCCCGAAGCUGGUGCCGUUCUUCAAGACGGUGGCCAUCUACUUCGUGCUGUUCAUCCCGGUGGAGCGGCCGUCGUGGGCGGCCACGCUCGUCAAGUGCCUGCCCAUCGUGUGCCUCAUCGGCUUCGUCCUGCUGCACGGCAUCAGCCUCGGCGAUGAGUACACGUUCUCCCGGCGCAUCCUGACGGGGCUGGCGUUUUCCUGCCUGGGGGACGCAUUGCUGGUGUGGCCUCACUACUUCCUGCACGGCAUGGCAGCCUUCGGCGUGGCGCAGCUCAUGUACACUGCAGCGUUCGGCUUCAAACCGCUCAACGUCCAGCUGGGCGCUGCUCUUUACGCCCUGUGCGCAACAGCUGUAGUAAUUUUGAUGCCUGGUCUGAGUGGUGUCUUGAUGAUUGGAGUUCCCAUCUACAGCAUUCUGUUGGUUACAAUGGCAUGGAGAGCUAUUGCUAGAGUACAGUUCUUUGAGGAGCUUUGGACUUGGACAAAAUUAUGCUCAUGUGCUGGGGGCAUUGUAUUUGCUAUUUCUGAUGCACUGAUUGGAUUCCAUCACUUUCACCAUCCAAUUCCACAUUCUCAGGCCUUGAUAAUGAUUACGUAUUAUGCAGCUCAGCUGGGAAUAGCUCUCAGCGUUGUAGAUUCAAAGGACAGUUAUGAUAAAACUAAGACUAUUACUUCAAGUGAACCAGCAAAUACAAAAAUCAGGAUAGCAAUUCCACAGAGCUCAUCAUCUCACUGAUAGUAGGUAGUGGACUAACUGGUGGAGCAAUGUGAAACUCUGCAGAUGCUGAGCUUCAACAGCAGAUUACAAUAUCCAUGGUUAAUUACUUGAAGAGAUCUGUCAGAAGAUUCCUUUUUAAAUGUGGUGUUUACACAUUUUGAAAGGAAAAACUGAAGAAAUUUCAUUGUAACCAGUUUAUUUAUUUACUCUUAGAGAGUGUUUAAUGUCUUUCUUUAGUAAAUGGUGUUGUUCAUUAUACACACAUUUUUAAGUAAUUUUAUAAUUGUAUAAGGCAUUUGAAUCCUGUAAAAUGUAAUUCAUGUUUUUACGGUAUGGUAGAGUAGUAUUAGGAAAAUUCAUGAGAAAAUUCAUAAAAAGGUGGCAUCAAAGGUGCAGUUGCCUUAAAUAAACAACAUAUUGCACAAUGAAUAAUUGUUGUGCAAAAAGUAAAAAAUGAAGACUGUGGUACAAUUUAAAUUUGUCUCAUUUAAAAAAUGAGAGGUACUAGAUAAUUAAUGGAACUGAACUGAAAAAAAUGUGGAAAUUACAAAUAAGUCAUGUUACAGGUGUCCAUGUCUUUAGAACAUGAUAUUUUAUUAUGAAGUACUGUGCUUGCAAGUAAUAAUACCCAAACUAGCUUUGUUACUGCACUUUCUCUUUGUUUUUCAUACUGCGUCCACAACUGUACUUAAGUUUUUUGAAUUUGGAAGCACAUUUUUGUGCAUUGUAUCAUGCUCUCAUGGAAAACUGGCACAAUCCAACAGAUCAAAGAGUAUGAACUAAUUUCUAAAUUGGUUUUGUACUCCAUAAUGCAAUACAGGUUUAUAUAUGUGGUGUCUGUCCUUUCGGUCAUGUCCAAAAGAGGAGGCACCAGUUUGAUCCUGCAGCCACUAUGAAUCAAGAGACAAAGAAAUUAGAUAUGAUUUAUAUCAAUGAGUCAAACUGUAAAUUUGUGCCACACUGGGAUUCAAACCUAUUUCUCCCGAUUUCUAAGAAGAUGCGCUGACCACUACGCCAUCUGGACACAGUGGUUAUCACAGCUGCAUGUACUACUAUAGCAUGCAUUCUGAGAGACCCAAAUUCUCAAGGAUCAAUAGUGUGUGGUAUAAGUUGAGAAUUUGGGUUUGAUGGGAGGCAUGAUAGGAUAUUCCAUGCAGUUACGGUAGCCACUGUGUCCGGAUGACAUAGUGGUCAUCACAUCUGCUUAGUAAGCAUGAGACCCGAAUUUGAAUCUCCAUGUGGCACAAAUGUUCAACUUGCCCCACUGAUGUAAUUUCAUGCCACUGGGAGCUAAUGCCUUUAAUUCUUUUGUGUCUCAAUACAGGUGUAUUAGAAAACUGUCUUCUUUUAUCAGGCUGUGCUAGAGAUAACCAGUACGGUAAUGAAUCCUUCCAGUGAAAAUUCACACAGUUUUAAAAUCUUUUGUGCAUUUUUUCUGUUUUUAUUUUAUCUCAUUGGUGUGAUUGUAAAUAGUAAAAAAUGGUUACUCACACUUGUAGUAUGACAAGCAGUAGGAAAAGUUAAUGAAUGCGAACAGAUGUGCAAGUCACUGUAUUAAAAAAUAAUCGAUUUAAUUUGAAGAAAAUAAUCAUAGAGUUAGAAGUGACAAUUUCUUGAAUAUCAUAAAACUAAUUUUACAAUGCGAUGCAUAGUUUAUUAUCCCAGUUUUGAGAUCAUCUGCUUUAAAUUACUUGACAGACAUUUUUUGUAAGCAAAAAGAAGUUUUUGUGUUUUUAAUUUUUGUUUUAU